UUGCCUGGUGCCGCCCUUCUCCCCGCCCAGCACAGUUCAAGCCUGUCAGCUGGCUCUACUGCAAUCAAGAUGGCGGCGGGGCCCGAGAGGGUGAGCGGAGGCGGUGGCGGUGGCUCCACUCCCUAGUCCCGGCGCAGUGAUGAGUCGAGCACCCAGUUUCUCUUGCUUUCCCUGAAGCGCUGGGCGGCGAGCUGGGACCCGUGGGCCAUGGCGGGCAUUAUCAAAAAGCAGAUCCUGAAGCAUCUUUCCAGGUUCACCAAAAACCUGUCACCUGACAAAAUCAACCUGAGCACGCUAAAAGGUGAAGGUCAGCUAACCAAUUUAGAGCUUGAUGAAGAAGUGCUUCAGAAUAUGCUAGAUCUUCCCACUUGGCUUGCCAUCAACAAGGUCUUUUGCAAUAAAGCAUCUAUUAGGAUACCAUGGACAAAAUUGAAAACACAUCCAAUCGUUCUUUCACUGGAUAAAGUAAUAAUGGAAAUGAGUACAUGUGAAGAGCCACGUGCCCCUAAUGGACCAUCGCCUAUAGCAACUGCAUCAGGGCAAAGUGGAUAUGGUUUUGCUGAGAAAGUUGUAGAAGGAAUAUCUGUUUCUGUAAACUCCAUUAUAAUCCGAAUUGGAGCAAAAGCUUUCAAUGCUUCAUUUGAACUUUCUCAGUUGAGAAUAUAUAGUGUAAAUGCCAACUGGGAACAUGGUGAUCUUAGAUUUACUCGAUUACAAGAAUCUCAGCGUGGAGAGGUAUUGACAUUUAAAGAAAUCAACUGGCAGAUGAUCAGAAUAGAAGCAGAUGCAAUCCAAAGUUCUCAACAUGAAAUCAUGAGUGCUCCAGUUCGUCUGAUUACUAACCAGUCCAAAAUCAGAGUCACACUUAAAAGAAGGUUAAAGGACUGCAAUGUGGUGGCAUCGAAACUGAUUCUAAUACUAGAUGACUUGCUGUGGGUUUUGACUGAUUCCCAGUUAAAAGCUAUGGUACAAUAUGCUAAAUCUCUUAGUGAAGCAAUAGAAAAAUCAGCUGAACAGAGAAAAAGCCUACCUUCUGAACCGACACAGAGUUCUACCCCUGCACCCAGUUCUCAGCAGGUGAAAACACAGCAGUCCUCGGCAGCUACCGAUCAAAAUGAUGCAAUUGUGAAACUAUUCAAUGAUUUUGAUGUUAAGGAAACUUCUUAUCAUCUAGCAAUUUCACAUUUGGACCUGCAUAUAUGUGAUGAUAUUCACGCUAAGGAAAAGGAUGCAAACAGGCGUAUUUCAGGAGGUGCUAUGCAGCUGUCCUUUAGUCAAUUAACCGUUGACUACUAUCCUUUCCACAAAGCAGAUGAUAGCUGCAGUCAUUGGAUGCAUUAUAGUGAUGCUACCAAAGCCAGAAGUGGAUGGGCAGAAGAAUUAUUACAGGAGUUCAAAUGUAAUGUGGAAUUGCUUAAGCAGGCUGUGAAGGAUCACAGUGUAGAUUCUCCCACUAAAUCCCCACCUCAGGGAUCUCCACAGCACAUCCAAGCAGGCAAAGAACAGAUACAGACUGGAAUCUCGGCUUCCUCUGUAUCAUCUCAGCAACUAAAGGAUAAACUGAUGUCCAGCCCUGUGGUGGUUAGACUUGCAGAUGUUAAUAUUUAUCAGGUCUCUACUGCAGACCAGUGUCGGCGUUCUCCUAAAACUCUUAUUUCUUGCAAUAAAAAGUCUUUAUACCUCCCACCAGAAAUGCCAGCCAUUCAUAUUGAAUUCACUGAAUACUACUAUCCAGAUGGAAAAGACUUUCCUAUUCCAAGUCCAAACCUUUACACUCAGCUAAAUGCUCUGCAAUUCACUCUGGAUGAGAGGAGUGUUCUUUGGCUAAACCAGUUUGUGCUAGACCUGAAACAGAGCCUCAGUCAGUUCAUGGCCAUGUACAAGUUAAAUGACAGCUCAAAGUCAGAAGAACAUGUUGAUGUUCGAGUUGAUGGGUUAAUGAUAAAGUUUAUCAUUCCUUCUGAAAGGAAACAAAACCAUAGGGAUGAUCCAUGUGAAAUCUCCAUUCAGAGUUCUGAAAUGAUUGCUACGAACACUAGGCAUUCACCCAACUGUAGACACUCUGAUUUGGAAGCAGUUUUUCAAAAUUUCAAAGACUCUGAAUUUUUCUGUAGAACUUUCACAGACUUUCCCAAAUCCCCUGACUGUUUCAAUCUUCUGCAUCCAAUCUUCCAGCGACAUGCCCAUGAACAAGAUACAAAGAUGCAUGAUGUCUAUAAAGGUUUUAUCACCCCAAAACUGAAUAAAUGUGCACUUAAAACAUCUGCUGCUUCUGAUGUCUGGGCAGUGCAUUUUUCCCAAUUUUGGAUAGACUAUGAAGGAAUGAAGAGUGGGAAAGGACGGCCAAUAAGUUUUGUGGAUUCAUUCCCGCUUACAUUGUGGAUUUGCCAGCCCAUAAGAUUUGAACAGUCACACAAAGAUCCCUCUUUUUAUAAUCAGAAACCUCUUAACAUUCCGAAAAGUGACUCUAGUGACCUUGCUAGUCGACUACAGCGCAAAAAACUUCUGAAAGAGUAUUAUAGCACUGAGACUGAAGCCUUGACUAAUGGUAUUGAAAACAUGUGCCCUCCCAACACCAUAUUGGGAACCCAAUCUUCACGUUUUAUAUCUGAUGCAGAUAUUCACAUUCUUGUUCACAUUCAAAAACAUGUGAGCAUGCAAAUCAAUCAUUACCAGUAUCUUUUCUUACUCUACCUCCAAGAAUCCCUUGUGUUCCUCCUAGAUAACCUGAGAAAAGAUGUGGAGACUGUGACAGGGAAACCUGCAAAACAGGCAGAUGUCUGCAUUGGGGUCUUACUGAAAACUGCAGACAUAGCUCUGCUGCUCCAUCCACUGAUGCAAGGAAGCACCUGCAAGUCUCCUGUUCUGGGAGAAGGAAGUCCAGUGGCAUCAGAUCUCUCGCCCAUGGAAAAUGGAGAAACUUUUGGAUCUGAAAGCAAGCUAGUUCCUGCUCUUGCUACACAGAUGAGCAAAUCAGAUAUUAAUGUUGUAACUGACUGUAGAUCUGUAAAUGCUGAUUAUUGCAGAGCCGUACCAAUGGAACCGUUUUUCAAAUCAGAUAGUGAUAUGGAUUUGCGAAGGGGAAGUUCUUUCUCAGAUGAUGCUUCAGAAAAACUUUUGUGGAAAACAAAUGAAGAAAAUAGUAGUGGACUCUUCAGUCAAAGUGAUUCAGAAGAAAUUUGUGAGUCACUAAGUGACAAGAGUAAUACAUAUGCCAGGGAUUUGGUUUCUCUUUUGGGUUGCAGAGAAGAUUCUGUGGAGAUGCUGAUGGACAAGGAGGAGGAUAAAAGCAUUUUUUCAAAUAAAGAAAGUGGAGUGGGAGGCUCACCUCUUAAAGUCACAGAGUUAGAAUCUGAUGCUAUGUGGCAGUCGGAAGUGCUUGAAAACGACAAAGAAAAAUUGGCCACAGCCAAGAUGCUUGUAUUUCAGUCUUCAUUAAGUGGAAAGCCUAAGGAACCCUGCCAGUCCAAUCUCCCUGCAUUCUCUGUUUCUUAUAAGAACAUGAAGAAAAGUCCAUCACAAGUCUCUUUGGAUACCAUUUCUACUGAUAGCAUGUUGUUGGAGGAACACUAUUUGGAAAGUGAUGGAAGUGAUAGCCACAGCUUUUUGGAAAAAGCUAUCUUGUCCAAUAAACCAGUGGAAAAUAUUGUUGAUGAAAGCACAGUAAAUGAGAACUAUGGCGGAUCAUCUCCAGAUGUCCUCAGUGCAGCUUCAGAGAAUGCUCAAGAUGCUAAUGAAGAAAUGAUGUCUGUUGUGGUUUUCAAAAUACUUGGUGUUAAUGCUGAAAUUGACAUCAGAGGUGAAGACACCGAAGUGUGCCUUCAGGUAAACCAGGUUGUACCAAAUCAGUUGGGCAAUAUCAGUGUUCGACAUUACCUUUGCAACCGAACAGCGGGUUCCGAUCCUAAAACGGUGACUGGGCCAAUUAAAUCAAUUCCCGAAAUUAGACUGAGAUGGGAAAAUGGACCCAGUGCUAUAAUACAUUCAUUGCUGUCUGAAAAAAAUGGGUUUCUACAAUGUCAUGUGGAAGGUCUGACAGCCAAUUUCCUAACUUCUUCACUUAUGAACAUUCAGCGUUUUUUGGAAGAUGAAAUGGUUGCAGAAGUGAUGCCUAUGAAUAUAAAAAUUUCUAAUACAAGGAUCAACUUAAAAGAUGACAGCCCACGUGACAGUCUGACAGCUCCUGAACCAGUCCCAGUAACCCUGCAUAUUGAUCUACUUAUGGUGGAGAGGAAAGAUGAUGGUUCAUUUUGCAUCAAAGAUAAUCGAACAUUUAGCAAUGAUAUACCAAAGGCUAAGACAAGUAACAACACAGGUGAUCAGGUUGCUGAAGCAGGCACACACAAAAAACUGAACCAUCUGUCCCGAGCCACACAAACAUCUCCAGAAAUUAACAGAUCUCCUAAAGCUAUUAAGAUUGAUUCAGUCAAAGAACAGCUUAUUGAAGAAAAUGAAUGUCUUAAACAGGAAUUAGCCAAUGCUAAGAUGGCUCUUGCUGAAGCUCAUAUGGAAAAAGACACCCUGCUUCACCAUAUAAAAAAGAUGAAUAUGGAAAAUAAACGGUAGCAGACUCCAUACAUCAUUCUGGAAUAAGGGAUGUAUUUUAGACUGUUUUUUGGAACCUGAGCUCAGAACAAAAUUUCUGUGGAAUAUGCACUCCUGUGAAUAUCUACAAAGAAUUAGAACAUGUGUUUCUCAUUUAGCCCUGAUUUAAGCUGCAGUUAUGCAGGGAAAUUUGAUUUUUGUUAUACUAAUUUGUUUAAUAGAUGGUGGCAUGAAAAAAUGUACCAUGUGUCAUUGCUAGGGAAUCUUCACAUAUGAAAAUAAAAAUAUUUUACUGAUAGAAGAAAAAUACUGUUCAAGGGAAAUUUAAUUUGCACUGUAAAUGUAGUUGGACAUAAAAUGGUCCACUGAAGCUAUUAGAGCAUGAUGUAACCAUCCAGAAAGUGGUUUUAAUACUAGCAGAAAUUGCCUGGGGAGGAGUACCCGUUUUAUGCCCAAAUUCUCAAAAGGUGUUAAUGCUCUGAAACUACUCACAGUAUAGUGUGUGAAAGGUGUGAACAUAAACAAUGGGGAAAACCCUCAAGCUAUGCAGGAAACAUGCUAGGGCUUGGUUGCUUUUUAUCGACUACCUUUGCAUCAUCAACUGGGAAACAAUGUCGCAUUGGUUGUUUUCUCCAUGCGACCAGUAUUACUUGAGCCACAUCAUCAGAACGCAGCACAGCUGGAUAGCUUCUGACCCAUCCUACAACCCAUGGCUUCUUGCAGGGGUUGUGCUAUGGGUUAGAACCCAUCCCAGCCACAUUGCACACUGGGUUUGGACGACACAGCAACCCAUGACACCAUAUGGGUAAUUAGGUAAAUGGUCACACAAAUGACAUACACAGGGGGAAACAACCUAUACUGCACUGUUUCUCUCUCUGAUCUUGUGAACUCGUCCAUUGGCUUGUAGAAAAACAGUAAUUAGAUCAGGGCUCUUGUUCAGUGAUGAUCACUGGUCAUUUGUAGACACAUUCCUUAGUUUGAUUUACUGAAACUUCGCUCUCAAUCAGGUACCAGAGAAAUAUAAAUCUUCACCAGUUUCAUUUUGUAAAAAGUGUAAUUUAGCUGUAUAUUAAUGUGCUUGGGGAGAAAAGUUAAUUAUUUAUUGCCCUGUUGAACUUGUGCAAUUCCAUCAAAAUGUAAAGCUGCAUUUUAAACCAUGGGUUACUUGUAAAAACUUAAAUUCUAAUUUUCAGCUGAAAAAUUGUUACUAAUGUAUAAAUAAAGAGCACAAACUUCGUGCAAGAGGUUCUAAGAAGUUUUUAAAAUAACAAGCAAAAACACACACUUGGUAGAGAAAUUCACUUUGGAUUGAAGUAUAUAACUGAAUAAUUGAGACCUUAGUUGGAAACAUUUUUGUUGGUAUUAUAUUUGCUGUGUCUGAAUUGUACAACAUUUUAAGAAUGAGGGGUAAUUUUUUUUUUUAAAAAAAAGUUCAAAUAAGAGUCCUAAUAUUUAAAACCUGGUUAGAGUUUAAUUGUAUGGGGAAACUGAAAAACUGCCUUGAAUGGAACUGAUUUUAAUUAUAGCUUUCUCGAACAUAACUUUCAUUUCCCUGGAUUAAAAAAUGAAGAAGACAUGUCAUAAAGAAGAAGAUUAAAUCAAAAUAUUUUAGAUUGUUGUUGACCCUACUAUUGCAUGUCUAUCAUAUACAGAAGACCUUCAUAGCUAUGGGUAUAAUGUAGCAUUCCCCAACAUGGGGCCCUCCAGAUGCAUUGGAUUACAACAUCUGCUAGCUGGGUAUUAUGAGAGUUUUAGUUCAACACAAAUCUUUCACAAGUUGGGAAAGGCUGCAUCAUUUUUGCACUCUACUGCCAUUUUAAUGGGUAAACGAAUCUAACAUUUGAACUGGCCAUUUUAAAGCAAAGAAUUGCUAUGCUAAGUGGUCUCUGAUUAAAUGCGAAAGUUUCCGGUUUUGGUGCUAUUGUAUAACCUUUAAUAAACCUCUCAAAUCCUACAACUACAAAUUACAUCAGUAAA